GGGCUGUGUUGUUCAGUGGUCAGAGCAUCUGCUCUGCAUGCAGAAGGUCUCCGUUUCUGUUCCUGGCAUCUCCAGGAGAGCGAGGUCAAGGAGACUCUCGCCUAAAAUUCUGGAGAACCUCUGCUGCCAAUCAGUGCAUGCAAUAGUGGGCUGGAUGGGCCCAAUGGAUGAAGUCACCUUCCCAUCUUGCAAUUUAAUCAAAAAGACACAGACAUUUGAUCAGCUUCAUCUGAAACGGCGGAGGGAACGCGAUUUCCCCCUCUCCCUCCGUUCAAAAGGGGACCGGAAAUAGAGUAAGAAGCGCGUGUGUGUUGCAGCCUCCUCCCUGCCUCUUGCCUCCUUCCUCCUUAAAAAGCGUGGCAGCCCGAUCCGGCCUUAAAUGCAGCUUUCCCGGGAAAGUAAAGCUUGCAAACGCCAACCACCCCCGCUAAGGUUUGGCCUGAUCCGGGUUGCAACCUCCUCCUGUCUCAGAGUGAUGGAGGGAGAGAGAGAGAGAGUAAGUAUUGCUGGAAAGGGUUAAACUCAGAUUCCUGGAGGAACUGGGAAAUUUGAGAAGGGGGGUGGAACUGGAAGUGGUGUAAUAAUUCUCUCUCUCUUUCUCUCUUGCUCCCUCCCCUUCUCUUUCCUGCUUUGUUGAGAGGGUCGGAUGCCUGCUUUUGAAUGGCUGCGAGAGAAAGGUGAGUUUUAAAGGGGCAGAUUUGGCCGAAAUGUGGUAGGAGCUGGUGCAGAUCAGAGAAAGGAAGAGUUGCAAAAAUGUGUUGCUUGUCCGGGCUGCGUGCGGAGCGACUGGGAAAGUUGGGCUUCCAACUAGGUUCGAGGGUGGGUGGGUAGGAAGCCCACGCUGCAACCCCGCACCUUUUGAGCUUGUGGCAAUGGUCGAUUUGCAGGUCUGGAAACAACAACAUGCGCAGAGUGGCUGGCCAGGUCUGCUGUGGGAACCCCGUCUUCUGAUCUAGAAGUUGUUACCCCCAAAUCAUCCUUGAAGUGGGGGCUCUUCUCUCUGCGGUUCAAAAGGCCACACCAGCAUUUCUGCCCCACCUUUUCCUUCAAGGAGUGCAAGGUGCUGCACAUGGUUCUUCCCUCUUCAUUUCAUGCCCACAGCAACCUAGGAAGAGAGAUUGGCCCAGUGAGCUUCAUGACUGAGUGGGGAUUCGAACCCUGAUCUCCCUAGUCUGACACUCUUAACCGCUGCUACUCCCAGGGGAAGAGUGUACAGCAGGAGUGGGGAAGCUUUUCCCAGCCCGAGGGCCACAUUCCCUUCCAGGCAGCCUUCGGAGGGCCAUAUGCCGGUUGUAGGAGAUGGGAGCAAGGCAAAAACAGGCACUGUUUGUGGGAAAAGGUGCUUGGAAUAACCAGUGUAAAUUGAUGGGAGUUGUAGUCCAUCCACAUCAGGGAGGGGGAAUUUGAGUCUGAGACUGAGCAGGCUUCUGUUUCCCCAGCUUCUGGGACUUGAGCGCAUGUUGUAAAUGGCACUAUACAUUGAAAGCACUAUGAUAAUCACUUUAAACUGUCAUGGCUUCCCUCCCAGGAAAUCCUGGGAGCUGUAGUUUGCUGAAGGUGCUGGGAGCGGUUCAAAGAGACCCCAGUUCCCCUCACAGACCUACAAUUCUUAGAUUCCCUGGAAAGAAGGAUUGAUUGUUCAACCACUAUGGCAAUUGUGGUGUUUUAAAUUUUAUAGUGCCACAAUUUGCCAAAAUGGCUCCUUCAUGAUGCCUUUUGGUGUUUUGUUCUUUUUCUUCUCUGCAGGGACCGGUCCCACUUGCCGUUCAGAAAGACACCCAGGGGAUACUGUCAGAGAAAGUCUCGGUAAAAUGCUGUAGGGUCUCCUCCUUGAACUGAACCUGUCUGUAUAGCCACAGACCCGAAACAAAAAUUUGACAUUACGAGUGUGGGAUAUUUGUCCCAAUCCCCCCCACCCUGAAGCAGAGAGAGGACACCAAGGAUCCAAGAUGGAGGAGAGGUUAGAACCUGCAGACCAAGCACCACCGCAUGGCGUCACGAUGGCAUGUCUGAAGGAGUUACCGGGCCAGGCAGCGCUGCAAAAUGGCAAGCAGCAGCUUGAGGAUGGGCUGCCCCAGGAAUGGGCAACUCAGUGGCAGGAGUUCCUGAAGGCCCUGGACUCCCAUCGCCUAGGAUGGGGAAGCCCACCACGGUCAAAGCUUGGGCCCUGGGACGAUGCCAAGGCCUUUCUGGCUUCCUUUGAGCAAGUGGCUGAAGCCUGCCAAUGGCCUCGAGAAGAGUGGGCGGCGCGUCUCCUGCCGGCUCUCAGCGGAGAAGCCCAGCAGGCCUUUAGCGGCCUAGAAGCUGCCGAGAGGGAGGACUACAGGAAGGUGAAGGCGGCCAUCUUGCGAGGGGAAGCCAGCAGAAUGGAGGCGCUGCGGCAGCACUUCCGGCAGUUCCGCUACCAAGAAGUUGAGGACCCACGAAGGGUCUAUGGGCAGCUCCAGGAGCUCUGCCAUCAGUGGCUGAAGCCGGAGAGGCGCAGCAAGGAGCAGAUCCUGGAGCUGCUGAUCCUGGAGCAGUUCCUGGCCAUCUUGCCCCAGGAAAUGCAGAGCAGGAUCAGGGCCUGGGACCCGGAGACCAGCACCCAGAUGGCGGCAGAGGAGUUCCUGAUGAGUCCCCAAGAGGCCAAGGUUUGGAAAUGGCAGGUGAGGUUUUAAUGCAUGUCGCCGUUUAAUUCAGGUGUGGGGAAACAGCCUUCUAGAUGCUUCUGAAGUGCAACUCCCAUUGUCCCCAGCCAUCGGCCAUGAUGGGAGUUGGAGUCCAAUGGCAGCUGAAGGACCGCAGGCUCCCCACCCCUGCGCUACUUGGACGGAUCCUGGGUUUUAAAAUAAUUGAAUGAGGCCCCCAUCUGCCCUGUACUUUUAAAGCAGUCUUGUAUCACUUUAAGCCGUCAUGGCUUCUUCCCCCAGUGAACCUUGGGAACUGUUUGUUGAGGGUGCUGACCCUAUUCCCCUCACGGAGCCACAAUUCCCAGCAUUCCAUGGGAAGAGAGCCUGAGAAAGUCACCUGGAAAUUGUAGCUGCGUGAGGGGAAUAGCGGGGUCUUCUCACAACUUUUCCUACUUCAGUAACGUUCAAUUGCCUGUAAUUCAACAGCUAGUCGGGCCUGCUUUUGCAUACAGAAGUGUCUUCUAGUCUUUCACCUCAGGCAGCAAAAUACCUUGAGCCGGCACAUGGGGCAUCUAUGACAGGAGAGGGGGAAGUAGCAGGGAGAACAGCCACUUCCACCCCCCAAAACAAAUCAUAAUUCCCAGCUUUGACUAAAAAGAACAGAGGAAAGUUUUUGGCAUUUGUGAAAGCUGUGCUGUGCGGUCUAUCUAUCUAUCUAUCUAUCUAUCAUGAUCUAUCUAUAGUUUUUAAUUAAAUUUUCUCUUUCACAAUUUUGAAUACUCAUUUAAACAUCCUUAAAUUAUCAAUGACUUCUCUUCUCUUUCCAUGGUUCAUUUUGCAUACCAUAAAUCCCUGCAUAUUUUAUAUAAACUAAACCGUUCAGUAUUCCAUUAUUAUAUCCAUCAAAGCUUAUUUACACUGUUGAAUUUAUCUUAAUGCUGCCAACAUUUUCAAGUGAACACGAUUUCCUGCCAUAUAUUCAAUAAACCUUUUCCAAUCUUCUCUAAAUUUAUGUUCGUCUUGUUCUCUUAUUCUAUAUGCUAUGUCUGCAAGCUGCACAUAAUCCAUCAACUUAAGUUGCCAUUCUUCUUUGGUUGGGACCUAGCUCGUUUUCAGUUUUGGGGCUAACAAAACACAGGCCGCAGUAGUGGCAUACAUAAACAAUCUUUUCUGACACCUGGGGAUUUCUGUCUGAAUUAUCCCCAACAAAAAGGACUCUGUUAUUUUUUGGGAAAAGUACUUUUAAACAUUUUUUUCAAUUCAUUUUGGAUUAUUUCCCAGUGCUCUUUUACUCUUUUACAAGUCCACCACAUAUGAAGGAACGUUCUCUCAACCUCCUUGCAUCUCCAGCACUUAUCUGAUUCAGUCUUAUACAUCUUAACUAACUUACUCAGAGUUAAAUACCAUCUGUAAAUCAUUUUCGAGUAAUUCUCCUUCAAAGAAUAACAUGCUGUGAACUUCAAAUCGCUUUUCCAAAGGUUUUCCCAGAGAUUAAAAUCUAUAUUAUGUCCUACAGUAUAUCUAUCACCCAGUGUGUCACAGAGGCUUUGGCAAGCUCAUCUUUUGCUCCUUUUUUAAUGCCAAUUAUGAAUAGCUUUCCCAAAAAAUACCUCAACGGUAAAAAUAAUUUUAGAACAAUUCCACGUAUGAAAGCAAUUAAGAACAAUUCCACACUGCAGUAGGUGCUGUAACUCUCCAACAGUUUGACUUCACCUACCAACGCACACUCUUCCAGGAGCAGGAAUAAAAUAACUAUUUCAAAUCCAAUAUGGAUAUAGGCUGGGGUAAAAAUCUGCACUUGAAAGGAUGGUUGAACAAGGAAGGCCUUCAAUAUGCGCCAAGCAUAGAGGUGACACAAAAUGCCCAGGCGCUUUUCUCAUUUGAUGCCCCCUUUUGCAAGAAGCUCCCCUGCUUCCCCCUGCCCCCUUCAGUUAUUUGCUUUGUCCACCUCCUGUCCUCCUCUCAAGCCCUCCUGCGUCUUCCCCAUCCUGAGUGGGACCUGUGUUGUUCUUUUUCAGAGGCCGGUGGAGGAAGUGCCCGCAAGCCCCUCAGAAGCCAAGAGGGCACCUCAGAGGCAAAUCUACAUAGAGGCCGAUGAGAAAGCAGAAAAAGACCUCUGUUUGCUGGGUGAGGAUUCAUUGGGCUAGCGCAGCAUUUAUUCAAACUGGAUCCCUGGGAGCCCUCCACGGCUUUUCAGACGGUCUCGCGAUGAGAAAACUAGCAACGGCUGAAAGACAGUCAUGGCUUCUCCCAAAUAUUGAAGGACUACAAGUCCCAUUAUCCCUCACUGCUGGCCAUGCUGGCUGUGGAUGAUGGGAGUUAGAGUCCAGCAACUUCUGGAGGCCCACCAGGUUGGAGAAGGCUAUUUUAGGGGACAAACAAAGAUGGCUGGGGUUCCAUUUGGCACUCCUAAGACAUCUGUGCUGGUUAUUUCUGGGCUCAAAGUGCAGCAAAGAGGGGCUAGCUACCAUGUGGCCUCCACUCUAAGGAACAAAAUUUCUGGGGCUGACACUGUUGUUUCUUCCAAGCCCUGGGUAUUGUGUGGCAUCCUGCCUUGUAAAACAGAUGCACCGGUUGCCAGUUUGUUUCAAGCUUAGGCCUCAAAUAUCUACAUAACUUAGGCCUCAAAUAUCUGAGAUGACCUCUUUCCCUAAAGACCCUCCCGGGUGUUAAGAUAAGCAGAGGGGGCCUUCUUGGUAGUUCUGCUCACCCCAGAAGUUUAGGGUGGGGUAGCCCAAGAGAGAGCCUUCUCUAGCAUCCCCACGAUUGUGGAACUCCUUACUGUUUCUGGCUCCUUCAUUAUAUAGCUUCUGACUGUAAUUUAUUUUAAACUCAGUGCUGAUUUUCUAGAAAAAUCGGUGCUGGAACUCACCAUGAACGCUUCCCUUGCUCUCUUAUAAUGGCAAUUAAUAUUCCGGUGAGUUUCAGCCGAAAAAAGCCCUGUUGAAAUUUAUUUUCCUAGUGGGUUUUAAAUCGCUGCAACCUGCCCAGGACCUUAUCGGGAAGGGCGGAUAAGAAAUGGACUCGAUCACUAUUAUUGGUAUCUGAAACAUUCCCCCUCUUUACAGCCAGCGGAAUAAUGUCGCCAAGUCAUCCCAGUCCAGCGCUUUCUCCCGAAGAACAAGAAAUAGUUGACACUGAGCUUUCUGAGGUAUGUGAGGUUCUGAGGUGGGAAAUACGUUUUGACCAGAGGGCCACAUUUCCUUCUGAGCAACUUUCCAGGAGCCACAUAGCAGUAGUGGGCAGGGCCAGAGGCAAAAGUGAAUGGAUUAACAAAUGUGAAUUCUACCGUUUGGAGAGUAGGACUAUUUCUGUACGUUCACACAUGCUUAUGUGCAUGCGCGUACACACACCCCACACCGUUUUUCAUCCAGGCAAGCGAGAGUUCAAGGGCACAUUCCACGCAACCAAAAACACUUGAGGAAGGCAGGAAGCAGGGCUGGUGAGAGGAAACAUCCGAGGGCCAGAUAAUGGCCUGGGAGCUACAUUUGGCCCCUGAGCUUGACGUUUUGCAGCCAUGAUCUAAUUUGAGGCAGAACAAGGCAAACCAGGUGGGCCGUUACCUCAAUGAGCCUACAGUGUUGACAGUGGGGAGAGAGAAUGGAGAGGAGGAAAGGGCCAGACUCCAAAAUUAUACAGCUAUUAGAAUCAUAGAGUGGUAGAGUUGGGAGGGACACUAAGCAUCAUCUGGUCCAACCUAGGACAAUGCAGGAAUGGAGGGGAUACUUUUAUCGUUCCAGGGAAGUGUGAAUUUAAACGAGGUGACUGUGGCAUUGGGCAGUGCUGAGUGGGCAGUGCUGAACACCAGUCAAGGAACCAUGCAUUGGGAAGUCAUGCAGGAGGACUCUGAGGACAUCAGCUCUCUAGGUAAGGAAGUCCUUGCCCUGUAUUAAUGGAACAUGGCAGAAGAGAGAAUAUGAGUUUAUUUUUUUUUUAAUGCAUCAAAAUAUAAUAAGGAAAAAGAAGGUGGGAGGAGAACAAAUAUGUUUUAUUUAUUUCCAAUUCUUUAGGGACCGAUUUUCACCAUAGAUGGUCACAAAGCAGUUUCCACAACAAUCAAUAAAACGAUCCCUCCAUGAAAAGAACAGGGUGUUGUCUUGAGCCCCGCAAGGCUGUUGGAACUGGGCUUGGGUUGGCAGACUCUGACCAUAGCUGUCAACCUUCCCUUUUCUUGCGGGAAAUUCCCUUAUUCUAGUGCCAUUUCCCGCUGCUUCCUGCUGCUAUCCCGGAUUGUUAGAUAUCCUGUAGACUGUCCCCGGGACAGGUGAGGCUGCUGAUCCCUUAUUUUCGAGGCUGCUGAUCUCUUAUUUUCAAAUCUGAAAGUUGACAGCUAUGACUCUGAUGCACCCUCCUCCCUGCCCUCAUCCUAUAUCCUAAAGGCAAGCUCGUUGUUUGAGUUGGGAUCCUAAUGCAACUGAAACAGCCCCAUCCAUACAGAAGAGAGAAGCAUCGGUAAACUUGGGGUAAUGCCCCAAGAUUUGCCAAGCACGAAACAUCUUUUUGGGUGGGGGAGCCCCUCAGAAGAUACCGCCCCCUCCCACAUAAAGCCAAUCUAAUGAAGAUUGACCAUGUUCAUUGGUCAUGUAAUGCUGGGUGGCUGUUUGCGAGGGAGGAAAACUGGAGGAUGAAUGAAAUGGAGAACAGGGUUUGGCUGACUGAGGAUCUCAUUCUGUGGCUGCUUCUGCUUAAUCCCCAACCAGCAGGCUAAGUAGAAAGUGUUCUGUGCUUAUUUUAAAACUGUAUUUUAUUGAAUCUCCAACAAUAUUCCAAACCAUUUAUCAUCAUAUACAAAAAAAAAUUUUUUCAACGUAAAUUUCUUCUUGAGUUCCCCACUGCUCCUUUCCGCAUGUUUGUUUUUUGCUUCUUUUCAUUAGCUGUUUUGCAAUACAUCUCUUUUUACUAUCUAAACUUCACUACCAUUAGUUAUUUCAGUAACCGACUGCUUACAUUUCAAAGCCUGCCUGCGACUUCAUGUAUAGGUGAUAUUUUGAUAGAUAAUCCAUCAAUGGCCUCCAUUCUUCUUUAAACACUUCGUCAUUAUGUCCUCUUAGUCCAGCAGUUAAUUUCGCCAUUUCAUCAGAGUCCAUCAGUUUCAUAAACCAGCUUAUUUUGAAACUUUUUAGGUCGAAUCCACAAAUAUUCUUUGCCCUGCCAAACGUUCAGUCAAUGACUAUUUCUCUCAAUGUUCCUUUUAUCUCUGUUUCUCUCCCUAUUCUAAGGAGGGUUUGUGAUUCCCAAACCAGAGGCUGUAUCCCAAAUGGAUAAAGGAGACAUGGGUUUCAUCGAGGACUCUGAGGAUGGCGAGGUAUUUGCAGAAAGCAUCUCAGGUAAAGGGGAGGGGUAUUAAAGGUAGGGCGGGGCUUAGUUGGGAGGGGGUGGUUACAGAGGGGUGCAUCACACACCCUGGGAUUGCUUUCAUUGUGCCUGUUUUUCCAUGUGCCACUUCCUGAUUUUCUUGUCCUGGGUGCUGAUUGGCUGGGAAAGUUCCACACGGUUGACCACACCCACAUGGCUUCUUCAGCCAAUCCACAUGUCAGAAUGAGGUGGGAGAAUUCUGAGGUGGUUGAACAGACUUCAGACUGCAUGGGGAUUUUUUAAAGGUCCCAUGUAGUAGUAGUAGUAGUAAUUAUUAUUAUUAUUAAUAAUAAUAAUAAUAAUAAUAAUACCCCGCACAUCUGGCUGUGUUUCCCCAGCCAUUCUAGCUGGCUUCUAGCAGAAUAGUAAAAGCACGAUAAAACAUCAAACCACGAAAAACUUCCCUGUAUAAAAUGAGUGAGCCAGCACCUCCCUGCAGCAAGAAAUCUAGCACAUCAAAGAGGAAAAAUACCUCCUUUGCCUGCUGUGCUGGUUUACUGUUUGCAAGGAUCCGAAACUUACUACAUUUACUAUAUGUAUAGGCAAACUUUCCCCCCCUCUGAGCAGCUUCCUCCCACUUUCUAAUUUAAUUCUUAUGACAACCCUGUGAGGUAGCUUAGACUAAGAGAUGUUGGCCGGCCCAAGGUCACCCAGUGAGCUUCGUGGCUGAGUGGGGAUUCAAACCCUGAUCUCCCAAGUCCUAGUCCAGCAUUAUGCCAUACUGGCUCAUGAUGCAAACUGGGGGGAAAGAGGAGUUGCAUCCGUUGCCAAUAAGCUGAUUGGGGACAUCUGAAAAGCCCUGUUCACAACAGUUUGCAAGCGGAGACAGUGAGCUGAUCAUUGGGAUUUCUGCACACCAUGCUUGGAAAAACAGGUUAGCUGUGACAUCAUGCACGAGCCUACUGUCUCUGCUCCCUUGUGUGUGGAUGGUGGCAUUUUAGCUGCAUAACGAAUGGUACUUACACUCUGAACGUUGCUAAUUACAGGAAUUCUUGAGUCUUUUUUAUAUAUAAUUUUCAUUAAAUCUCCAAAAAUAUUCAAAAAUAUUGUACAAACCCCCCCAUAAAGUUUCCAAUUGACUUCCCACCCACCCUUUCCUGAUGCUUGUUUUUGACCAUUUUCUGAGCUGUUUACAACACACGUGUUUUUACUAUCUAAAUUCUAGUUCUUUCAUUAAUCCACUGCUUAUAUUUCAAAUCCUGCCAGAGAUUAUGUAUGGGUGACACUCUGAUAGAUAAUCCUAUCCUCCUUAAACACUUCAUCAUUAUGUCCUCCUAAUCUGGCAGUUAAUUUUGCCAUUUCAGCAUAGUCCAUCAGUUUCGUAAGCCAUUCCUUCUUCGUUGGUAAUCCUUCCUCUUUCCACCCCUGUGCAUAUGAAGUUCUAGCUGCUGUUGUCACGUACAUAAAUAAAUUAGUCAGCUUUCUCAGGAUCUCCAUCCCCAUUAUUCCUAGCAAAAAGGCUUUGGGGUAUUUUUAAGGACUGUCAGUUUGAACAGAAUUAUUGUCUGCGUUAUCUCUCUUUGCAGAUGAUGAAGAACUUCAAAUCAAGAAGGAGAGUCCUGCGCAAGGAGGCAGAGAGCCGGAUGAAAUAUACAGUAUGUCGCUGGAAAUAUCCCAAGGGAGGGCUUCUCUGGUGGCCGAGAUUCACGAACAAGGAUGCGAAUCUGACGAGCGAUGGGGGAGAAAGCCGGCGGAGGGAUGGGGUGAAUUAAACGAGGUGGCAGAAAGUCACGGGGCAGUGAAGGAAACCUCGAGACAUGCACGGGUGAAUAAAUUUCUGUACUCAAAGUGCGGGAAAUGGUACCGAUGCAAAUCAGUUGCAAACCAGAGUGUCCACUCCGCCGCCAUGCCUUACGAGUGCCUCGCGUGCGGGAAGCGUUUCCAGAAGAAGAAUUACCUGGCGAAACACCAGAGGAUCCACGCGAGGCCCAAGGUGUACCAGUGUUCCGAGUGCGGGCAGAGCUUCAACGGGCGAGAAGGAUUCGUCCGGCACCGAGGGAUGCACACAGGGGAGAAGCCUCACGAGUGUCCUCAGUGCGGGAAGUGCUUCAGCCAGAGGGAGAGCCUGAUCAGGCACGAGAAGAUCCACACGGGGAAGAAGCCGUACGAGUGUCCCGAGUGCGAGAAGAAGUUCUGCCGGAGGGACUCGCUGGUAAGGCACCAGAAGAUCCACACAGGGGAGAAGCCGUACGAGUGUCCCGAGUGCGGGAAGAGCUUCAACCAGAAAGAGGUGCUGCUCAGGCACCAGAGGAUCCACACGGGAGAGAAGCCGUACGGGUGCCAGGCCUGCGGGGAAAGCUUCACCCAGAGAGCCAUACUGAACAGACACGAGAAAACCCAUCUGGGGGAAAAGGCCUUGUUAAUACUCUGAGAAUUAAUGUGGCUCUCAAAGAUGCGCUGGCCGUUUGUGUAUUUUGUGUGUGUGUGUGUGUGUUUUGACAGACACAGACCUUUUUGUAAGCCGCAGAUAAUGCCUAUGUUUUCAGAGCUAUUCGGAGCAAUAGCUCAAGAGCUGUGAACCUGGCACUAGUUCCUGAAUUCUGGAUGUCCUCAGAGAAGAGCCGACUCAUUGGGUACUAGCAGAGGUGGGCAGGGCCAACUGGGAAUUCUCUUGCUGGCCACACCCCUUUUGGGAGAAGCCAUUAAUGAUAAAAUCUUAGAAUUGUAGACUUGGAAGUAAUACAAAGGGUCAGUUAGGCCAACCUCCUGCAAUGCAGGAAUCUCAACUGAAUCAUACAUGACUCUCCAAGGAAGGAGAGUCCACCACCUCCCAAGGGAGUCCGUUCCACUGUCAAUCAGCUCUUACUGCCAGAAAGUUCUUCCUGAUGUUUAAUUGGAACCUCUUUCUUGUAACUUGAAGCCAUUUGUUUGGGUCUUAUCCUCUGGAGCAGGAGAAAACAAGCUUGCUCCAUCCUCCAGGUGACAGCCCUUUGCUUUUUCCUGCUCUGGAGGGAAGGACCAGAACCAAUGGCUUCACAAGAAAGGAGAUUGUGACUAAACAUCAGGAAGAACAUUCUGACAGUAAGAGCUGUUAGACAGUGGAAAAGCCUCCCUCAGGAGGUGGUGGACUCUCCUUCCUUGGAGGUUAUUAAGCAGAGGUUGGAGGGCCAUCUGUCAUGGAUGCUACAGCUGAGAUUCCUGCAGUGCAGGGGGUUGGACUAAGUGACCCUCUGUAGCCCUUCCAACUCUACAAUUCUAGGAAGAUAAAUUAUUAUUACUGGGGUUCUAGUAAACACCUGUUUUCACAAACGCUGCUCAUCGCUAUAUCCCUUUCUCCAGCAGAUGACAACUUUUAAUUCAUGAAGGCUGCAGUCUCUCUCUCUCCCUCUCCCCCCCCCCACCUCACACACACAGCAACCCUGUUGAAAUGCUGAAGUCACUCACUUCAACAGCAAUACCACACCAUUUCAUAGGAAAAUAUUCUAAAGGCUGCUUCACGAUUGAUCGGUUUCUCCUACCUCUUUCUUCUUCCCUGUUUUUGGCAAUUUACUAAUAUUAUCGUGCGAGAGUGCAUGUGUAUGUUUUCCUCCUUCUUUGGCUUUUCACUUAAAGGUUUUCAAAUUGUUCCUGGUUUUUACACUAUUUUCUACGCAACUUGGAGCGGUUUUGAGAACGAAAUAAAACAAGAGCUGCCUAAGAUUUAUAUAUGUAUAUAUAAAAUAUAAAUAAAUAAACAUUACUGGCCUGGCU